CCAGAUUCGCGCUGCAGCUCCGUCAGUUAGUCCACCUUGGGAGCCCGGACGGAGCGUUCGUUUCACGUACGCGGACUAUGUGACAGCAGCCAUGGGCCCUAAAGUUGCCCUGCUGGUUGCCCUGCUGCUCGCCACUUCUUGUGUCUCUACAAGCGGGCUUAUCAUCCCAGAAGAGUUGCCGUCGCUCCUUUCCAUUAUUUAUUCUAACAUUCCUCCAAUUAAAAACGGUUUUGACACUCGGUUUGGCGUCGGCUUCCGACUUGGCCAGCAUGCCGAUGUACAAUUCCUCACCGAAAUCGGUCCUCAGCUGGAAACGGACCAACUGGGCGGUGAGCAGGAGAGGCGGAGGCACGCUGUGAAUCCGCCAACGCCGCAGGAAACAAUCCGGCGAGAAACUUUGCUCAACAAGGACAAAGCAGAGGAGCAACCUCAGGAAAAUUGGCUCCUUCGAUGGCGUCAAUCCUUGCCAAAGUCGAGUAAGAAGGAAGAGUGACAGAGAGAGGAAAUCGACAGGAAAUGGUUGUGAGCUUUAAACGAUUUUGAGUGGAUAUAUAUUGUUGUAUGUUCCUUUCAAAUGACAAGUAAUUUAUGUAUUCUAUUUUGGUUUUGUAAAUAAAGCAAAUUUGCGUGGAUCAAAUUUGUUUUCCAAAUUAAAACAAAGAUUAUCAAGA